AAACGUAGUCGCGGAAUCUCUCUUUCUCUAAGCUUCAUCUCGUCUCUUAGGAGUGUUACAGACAUGGCCGAAAUACCAAUCCGGUUUGCCAAUCUGGGUUGCGCAGAAAUAGCGCGUAAGCUAUCGAGAGCCGUAAUCCUCUCUCCCAAUUCAACCCUCUACGCCGUCGGCAGCCGUUCCCUAGACAAGGCCAAGAAAUUCGCCGCCGAAAAUGGUUUCCCUCCGUCGGCGAAGAUUUACGGCAGCUACGAAGCCGUACUAGAUGAUCCAGAUGUGGACGUUGUGUACAUGCCGCUACCGACGAGCCUGCAUUUGAAGUGGGCCGUGCUGGCAGCGGAGAAGAAGAAACACCUGCUGCUAGAGAAGCCCGCGGCAUUGAAUGUCGGCGAGUUAGAUCAAAUCAUCGGGGCCUGUGAGGCCAAUGGUGUACAAUACAUGGACGGAACCCUUUUCAUGCACCACCCUAGGACUGCCAAGAUGGAAGAGUUCAUCUCUGAUUCCCAGCGUUUCGGUCAGCUUAAGACGAUGCACAGUUUCUUUUCUUUUACUGCUGAUGAUAAUUAUCUCAAGAAUAACAUACGGGUAAAGCCAGAUCUUGAUAGCCUUGGGGCUCUUGGUGACAUUGGCUGGUACUGCAUCAGGGGGAUAUUGUGGGCUGCUAACUAUGAACUGCCCAAGACAGUCACAGCCUUCCGUGGACCUGUUCUUAAUGGAGCAGGAGUGAUCUUAGCUUGUGGGUCUUCUUUGCUGUGGGAAGAUGGGAAAACAGCAACUUUCUAUUGCUCAUUCUUCUCGAAUUUGACUAUGGAUUUAACUGUGGUUGGAACGAAAGGAACACUACACAUUAAUGAUUUUGCUAAUCCUCGCGAUGAGAUAACUUCUUCAUUUUCUGCAGCUUCUGAGACUCAAUUCAAGGAUCUCCUUACAGGUUGGGUUCCAUUGCCUUCUCAGCAUGAGAUGACUAUAGAUCUUCCUCAGGAUGCUUGCAUGGUGAGGGAGUUCUCAAGGUUGGUGAAGAGUAUUAAAGAAGAUGGUUCUAAACCGGAGUGUAAGUGGCCCAACAUCAGCAGGAAGACACAACUGGUUAUGGAUGCAGUCAAGGAAUCCAUUGAGAAAGGUUUCCAAUCGAUCCAGAUUGAGGCUUAUUAAUUUGGGUCUCGUACUAAGUAUGACCUUGGAUAGAGCCUAUUGUAAAUAAGGCUUAUUAAUUUGGGUCUCGUACUAAGUAUGACCUUGGAUAGAGCCUAUUGUAAAUAAAUGAUCCAUUUACCUGAUCUCAUUAAGCUACAGUUCUCCUAGCUUGUGGGCCUGUCUUCUUUUCUCUUAUUUUUAUUUUCUAUUUUUCAUCUUGCAUUAUUCUCAUAUCUUAUGUCUUUUUCAUUUUCA